AUGUCGAAGAUGAACAACGAUGUCUCAUGUAAUGGCGAGAACAGAAUGAACUAAAUGCUUCUUUCUCUAUUUUUGGAUUUCAAUCUCUGGAAUUAUCAUUAGCACUUACGAAAGGACAACAUGAACACAAAGGAGAAGAAGGGUCAUUCAUACACUUUGGUAUUAAUGGUGACAUCUGCAGCGAUUGGGGGAACAUUACAAUAUGGAUACAACUUGGCCAUAAUGAAUGCACCGACUAUUUUUAUUCAAAACUUUGUGAAUGAGACAUUUCAGGAGCGGUGGGGAAUACAACUGGGGGUUUAUGAAGUCACACUCAUAUGGACCUUUAUAGUCUCCAUUUUUUCAUUGGGUGGCCUUACUGGAGCCCUAAUAGCAGGUCCAAUGUCUGUACGUUUAGGGAGGAAGAAGACUUUGCUGCUUAACAAUGUCUUUCUAUUAUCAAGUUCACUGCUUGCACUGCUGAGCCGAACCGCAAAGUCAUUUGAGAUGAUUAUUAUAUCCAGAUUUUUAGUUGGAAUAAAUGCAGGGAUCAGUAUGAAUGUACAGCCCAUGUAUUUUGGUGAAAGUGCCCCAAAGCACUUACGAGGAGCCGUGUCUCUAUCCUCUGCUGUAUUCACUUCAUUUGGACUGGUUUUAGGACAGGUGGUCAGUCUGAGAGAGUUGUUGGGUAGUGAGCCAUAUUGGCAGUACUUAUUGGCAAGUAAUGCCAUUCCAGGCUUCAUCCAGCUCCUUACCUUGCCCUGGUUUCCAGAGAGUCCCCGUUACCUCCUUUUUGACUGUAAAGACAAGGAGGCCUGUCUAUCAGCAUUGAAGCGUCUGCGAGGCUGUGAGGUGCAGAGAGAGGAGCUGGAUGAGCUCCUGCAGGAACAGAAUGAAAUCAAAAGCGAUCGUGCCAAGCAGCCGUGGGAUCUGUUGACUGACCGCAGCGUCCGCUGGCAGCUGAUCUCGGUGGCCGUCUUGAGCAGCGCCAUGCAGCUGUGCGGUAAUGACUCGAUCUACUUCUAUGCAUCAUAUGUCUUCCAAGAAGCGGGCAUAUCUGCAGGACAGAUCCAAUAUGUGACCAUCGGCACCGGGAUGUGUGAAUUCACUGCUUGCAUUUUGUGUAACCUGCUAAUAGAAAGACUGGGUAGGAAGCUGAUGUUGAUGGGCGGUUAUGUUCUGAUGACAGGAUGGGCCAUAGUCUUCACUGUGGCUCUUUCACUCGAGAAUAUUGUUACCUGGAUGCCUUAUUUGAGCAUGACCUGCAUCUUCACUUACAUUCUCAGCUUUGGCAUGGGUCCAGCUGGGGUGACUGUUAUUCUCCCGACUGAGAUUUUCAACCAAACAGCACGACCUGCAGCCUGCAUGACGGCUGGAUUUCUAAUGUGGCUUAACCUCUUCAUCAUCGGCAUGAUGUUUCCUUUCCUUGUGAGCGGUUUAGGACAGUACUGCUUCGUGCCUUUUGGGACUGUAUGCCUCCUGACUGCUGCAUAUAUUCACAUGGUUCUACCCGAAACCAAGGGAAAGACCCUACCCAUGAUCACAAAAGAGUUUUACAAGCUCAACUACCGUGGACACAAACGAAUGGAUCCAGAAGCUUCACAAGCUCAGUAUAAACUUGGGGAAAUCCUCCACUCUACUGCCUUAUAGACUGCUAAAUAUUC